GGUGUUUGGUCACAUGACAGAUAGUUUUACAAAAGCAGAAACUGGUAUUCCAUCAAACAUUACUAAUCAAAGUGAAGUCAACAGUACAGAGAAUGUCAGCAGCAACCACCUGGAGGAAGAUAUGGCCACGUACGCCUACUAUUACACGGGGAUUGGUGCUGGUGUGCUCAUAGUUGCCUACAUUCAGGUUUCAUUUUGGUGCCUGGCGGCUGGAAGACAAAUACACAAAAUUAGACAGAAGUUUUUCCAUGCGAUUAUGAAUCAGGAGAUAGGCUGGUUUGACGUGCAUGACGUUGGGGAGCUCAACACCCGGCUCGCAGAUGAUGUCUUCAAAAUUAAUGAAGGAAUUGGUGAUAAAAUUGGAAUGUUUUUUCAUUCCAUAACAUCAUUUUUAGCUGGUUUCAUAGUAGGAUUUAUCCGUGGUUGGAAGUUAACCCUUGUAAUUUUGGCUGUCACCCCUCUUAUUGGACUGUCAUCUGCUAUGUGGGCCAAGGUAAUGACUUCAUUCACUAAUAAGGAACUCCUGGCUUAUGCGAAAGCUGGAGCAGUUGCCGAAGAAGUCUUGGCUGCCAUCAGAACUGUGAUUGCAUUUGGAGGACAAAAGAAAGAACUUGAAAGGUACAAUAAAAAUUUAGAAGAAGCUAAAAAUGUUGGAAUAAAAAAAGCUAUCACAGGUGGCAUUUCCAUAGGUAUUGCCUACCUAUUGGUCUAUGCAUCAUACGCACUAGCAUUCUGGUACGGGACCUCUUUGGUCCUCUCAAAUGAGUACUCUGUUGGACAAGUGAUUACCGUCUUCUACUCUAUAUUAUUUGGGACUUUCAGUAUUGGACAUAUUGCCCCUAAUGUAGAAGCCUUUGCAAAUGCAAGAGGGGCCGCCUAUGAAAUCUUCAAGAUAAUUGAUAACGAGCCAAGCAUUGACAGCUUCUCAACAAAGGGACAUAAACCAGACAGUAUAAUGGGAAAUUUAGAAUUUAAAAAUGUUCACUUCAGCUACCCAUCUCGAAGUGGAGUUAAGAUUUUGAAGGGCCUCAACCUGAAGGUGCAGAGUGGACAGACCGUGGCCCUGGUCGGCAACAGUGGCUGUGGGAAGAGCACCACUGUCCAGCUGCUGCAGAGGCUCUACGACCCCACGGAGGGCGUGGUGAGUGGUCGUGCAGCCAUGUGACAACCACACAUUCCGUUUCAGGUCAGUAUCGACGGCCAGGACAUCAGGACCAUCAAUGUGAGGUACCUGCGGGAAAUCAUCGGCGUGGUGAGUCAGGAACCAGUGUUGUUUGCCACCACGAUCGCUGAAAACAUUCGCUAUGGCCGAGAGAACGUCACCAUGGAUGAGAUCGAGAGAGCAGUCAAGGAAGCCAACGCCUAUGACUUCAUCAUGAAACUGCCCCACAAAUUUGACACCCUGGUUGGUGAGAGAGGGGCGCAGCUGAGUGGGGGACAGAAACAGAGAAUUGCCAUUGCUCGUGCCCUGAUCCGCAACCCCAAGAUCCUUUUGUUGGAUGAGGCGACGUCAGCCUUGGACACAGAAAGUGAAGCUGUGGUUCAGGCUGCUCUGGAUAAGGCUCGGGAAGGCCGGACCACCAUUGUGAUAGCUCACCGCUUGUCUACAGUUCGCAACGCUGAUGUCAUUGCUGGCUUUGAUGGUGGUGUCAUUGUGGAGCAAGGAAAUCACGAUGAGCUCAUGAAAGAGAAGGGCAUUUACUUCAAACUUGUCAUGACACAGACUACAGGAAAUGAGAUUAAACUGAAAAAUGAAGCUUAUGAAUCCCAAAGUGACACUGGUGCCCCUGAAUUGGCUGCACACGAAUCCACAUCCCCUUUAAUACGGAAAUGUAGCUACGGUCCACAAGACCAAGAGAGAAGAGUUAGUGCGAAGGAGGCCCAGGAGGAAGAUGUGCCUCUUGUUUCCUUCUGGCGGAUCCUAAAGCUGAACAUAACUGAAUGGCCUUACUUAGUCGUUGGUGUGUUUUGUGCUGUUAUAAGCGGAUGCAUGCAACCAGUGUUCGCCAUAGUAUUUUCAAGGAUUAUAGGGGUUUUCACAAGAGAUGAUGACCCCGAAACCAAACAACAGAAUUGUAAUUUGUUUUCACUGCUUUUUCUGGUCAUGGGAAUGAUUUGUUUUGUUACAUAUUUCUUUCAGGGCUUCACGUUUGGCAAAGCUGGAGAGAUCCUCACCAAGCGACUCCGAUACAAUGUUUUCAAGUCCAUGCUGAGACAGGACAUGAGCUGGUUCGAUGACCAUAAGAACAGCACUGGCGCACUGACCACCAGGCUCGCCAGUGAUGCUGCUGAUGUGAAAGGGGCUAUGGGUUCCAGGCUUGCUGUAACUACCCAGAAUGUAGCAAAUCUGGGGACAGGAGUUAUCAUAUCUUUAAUCUACGGCUGGCAGUUAACACUUUUACUCGUGGUGAUUGUACCCCUCAUUAUUUUGGGUGGCAUUAUGGAAAUGAAACUCUUGUCUAGUCAAGCUCUAAAAGACAAGAAAGAACUGGAGGUUUCUGGGAAGAUCGCUACUGAAGCCAUAGAGAACUUCCGCACUGUCGUCUCUUUGAAUCGGGAGCAGAAGUUUGAAGACAUGUAUGCUCAGAGCUUGCAGAUACCAUACAAAAAUGCUUUGAGGAAAGCUCACAUCUUUGGGAUCACGUUCUCCUUCACCCAGGCCAUGAUGUAUUUUUCCUAUGCUGCGUGUUUCCGGCUUGGUGCCUACUUGGUGGCUCAUGAACUGAUGACUUUUGAAAAUGUUAUGCUGUAAG